CCUCGCCUCCCGCCACGUGGAGCGCCGCCCCCGCGGGCGGCCUCCCCCUUCCCCCUCCGCCCCCGCCCUUUAUAAAUGCGAGCCUGGCGCCGCGCCGAGCUCACCUGGAACAGAGACGGCAGCCACCGUCGCAGAGAGCCGCAGGCCCGCAGCACCUGACGACUGUGAAGAGGGAGAGUGAGUGAGGGAGGGAUGGGGAGGCAGCCGUGCUGCGACAAGGUGGGCGUGAAGAAGGGCCCGUGGACGGCGGAGGAGGACCAGAAGCUCGUCGGCUUCCUCCUCACCCACGGCCACUGCUGCUGGCGCAUCGUCCCCAAGCUCGCCGGGCUGCUGCGGUGCGGGAAGAGCUGCAGGCUGCGGUGGACCAACUACCUGAGGCCCGACCUCAAGAGGGGCGUCCUCUCCGACGACGAGGAGCGGCUCGUCAUCGACCUGCACGGGCAGCUCGGGAACAGGUGGUCCAAGAUCGCGGCGCGGCUGCCGGGGAGGACGGACAACGAGAUCAAGAACCACUGGAACACCCACAUCCGGAAGAAGCUCCUCCGGAUGGGGAUCGACCCCGUCACGCACCUCCCGCUGCAGGAGGCCCCCGCUCCUCCUCCUCAAGAGCAGCAGGAAGACCAGCCACCGCCGGCGCCGCCGCAGCAGCAGCAGCAGCAGCCACCGCAGCCGCAAGAACACCACCAGCCGCGGAACGACAGCGGGCUCAUGCUGCAGGACGACGACGCGGGGGAGGAGGACCUGCCGAUGUUCCAGCCGCACGAGGUCGCCACGGCGCCACCAGCACCGCCGACCGCGGCGGCGGCGGCGGUGAGUAACUGCGGCUCCGUCUCCUCCGCCUCCGCCGGCUCUGUGUCCGUGGUCUCGCCGUCCUGCUCGUCCUCGGCCUCGGCCCCGGCGGCGUCCGGCGUGGAGGCGACAGAGUGGCCGGAGCCCAUGUACCUGUUCGGCAUGGACGACGGCAUCAUAGACGCCGGCAGCUGGGACGGCCUCUUCCCCGGCGGCGGCAUGGGCGUCGACCCGUUCGACGGGUACCCCGGCGGCGGCUUCGACCAAGACGACGACUGGCUGUGACGCGCGUGAUCCUAAUUCCUAGCAAUGCACAUAGAUUCGCCGUGGCUUCUUUCUUCGAGCUCGAUUAGCAGGAUAGCUAGCCUAGCUUUAGCCUCCAUGCUUUCUUAGCUCUCUUUCGACUCGGAGAGUGCGCUGCCAUGGCCGUCGAUCCCAUGCUCUGCCGUUGAGCUUUAAUCGAAUGUUGAUAAACAAAAUUUGACAAAAAUCGGAAGUUGAUUAUGACG